CCUCUCGGUAUCAGCAUGGAAAUUGACUCUUGAUCUGAGACUGCGUGACACACUUGCAGAUCGAUUAAAACACUAGACUUUUUUUCCUUCAGUUCGUUCAUUCUUGGGGACAAAGUUAAGGAAGAAAAGGUGGCACACACACACACACGCAGCGCCCGCGGCGCGGACAUAGUUCAAGCCUGCCGUCGCCGUCGUGUCGGCGCGUGGUUCUUCUGCCCAACGAAUCUGCUCGUGCGUGCGCUAGCAUCCACUCGCCUGGCGAUCCGCGGCCCUCUUUUUCCACGGCGCGCGGGCGGGCACCGGCGCACCGCUGAAAAUUCUCGGCAGGAAUGGUCGCCCGCCGAGACCGUUCACAUCCUGCCCGCGACGACCCGACGGGCGAUGGAAAGGCGUCUCGCUCGACCCUCCAACCGGCCGCGCGGGGUGCCGCAGGGGCAGGGCGAGGGGCGUUGGGAAGAUUCCUGGCUCCUGGAGGUGACCGACGUCACUGGAGAGCAACGGUCGCCAGCUUAGGGAAGGGAAGUGUCGGAGCAGCAGCACAUGCGAGUAUGUGACGGGACGCGCACAGAGGUCGGGACGUCUCGGCCCCAAAACUGGCCUGCUGCUGCUGUUGUUCCAGUCACCCAGACGACCGACAGCUAUCGAACGCUGGCGGCUGGCUCGCUUGCCCUGCUGACCGGCAGCACCGAGCCUUUGCCCGUGCGCGCUGGGCGGCGAACUUUGACGGCCCGCCGCCGGGACCCGUUUCCGCGCGCCUUCUUCUAGAAGCGACCUGGGUCCCGGUCCGCCAACGCAUUGGCCAGUCAAACCUCAGACGCCCCCAUGCAACGACCAGCCGCCAGCCGAUGUAUACCCAGCCCAGGAUGCGGGCGCCAGCGAGCCAGCGCGAGCUGCUCAGCCCAGUCACCGUCCGCGUCGUCGUCCGAGUCCCGGUGGCCCGCCGCGCACCCGGACACACGACACGACACGACGCGCGACCCGACCCCCUUUAUAAAACCGCCGCGCGACGCCACUCCCCCUCGUUUUCUCCUCUGCCCCUUGGGCUGCCUCGGCUCGCUCAUCUGCCGCGCCCGAGCUGACGCCAACGCGAGGAGCAAAAAUCCUAGCAACCGCUCAGGUUUCUUCCCCUUCAGUAGCCGUAGCCCUUGCUUUCGUCGUCCUUGCGGCAGCUUGGCGAGAAUUUUUCUCGCUGCGGUUGAGUGCGAGCCAUUCCGGUGGGUAAGACAGAGUUGGGGGAGCGUCGGUUAGUUAAUUCUUCGCCCAUCAUCAGUCGGAGGAGAGACAGGAGGAGGUGCAUGGCCGGCAUGGAGGGUUCCAAUUCCAGCUCGCAGCCGCCGCCGUUCCUCAUCAAGACCUACGAGAUGGUGGAGGACCCGGCGACCAACCACGUCGUGUCGUGGGGCCCCGGCGGCGCAAGCUUCGUGGUGUGGAACCCGCCGGACUUCUCACGGGACCUGCUGCCCAAGUACUUCAAGCACAACAACUUCUCCAGCUUCAUCAGGCAGCUCAACACAUACGGUUUCCGAAAGAUCGAUCCCGAGAGAUGGGAGUUCGCCAACGACGACUUCGUUAGGGGGCACACGCACCUCCUGAAGAACAUCCACCGGCGCAAGCCGGUGCACAGCCACUCGCCGCAGACCCAGGUGAACGGCCCACUGGCGGAGUCGGAGAGGCGCGAGCUCGAGGACGAGAUCAGCAGGCUCAAGUACGAGAAGAGCCUGCUCCUGACGGACCUCCAGAGGCAGAGCCAGCAGCGGUGCGGGAUCAGCUGGCAGAUGCAGUCGCUGGAACGCAGGCUGGCGCAGAUGGAGGAGCGCCAGAGGAACAUCGUGGCCUCCCUGCGCGACAUCCUGCUGCCGGUCGGACACGGGGUCGUUUCGUGGGGGUCGGCGACGGGGGCGGACCACUUCAGCAAGAAGAGGAGGGUUCCGAAGAUGGACUUCUUCGUCGACGAACCCAAGGUCGAAGAACAGCAGGUGCCGUUCCUGCAGACGGUGGGCGCGGAGACGCCAGGCAUGUCUCCGAUCCGCCUUCUGAGCGCCGAGCCGUUUGAGAAGAUGGAGCUGGCCCUGGUGUCGCUGGAGAGUUUCUUGCAGAGGGCAACAGCGCAUACGUCUGCUGCUCAAGGCAUGUUGUACGCCGCUGGUGUUGCUGAACCCAGCCCUGCUCUGGCUCUAGGCGAGAUGCUCUCGGCACCAAUGGAUACCGAGAUCGAUCUGCAGCCAUCAGCUUGCCAGAACCCCUUCGCUUCGACCUCAGGGCAAGACCAGUCGUCUUCUCCGUUGGCAGAACCCCCGAGCUACUACGCCCAGAGCCCGAUGCUGCCGAUGGCACAGCUCCAUGAACAUGCCCAUAGGACAGCUGCUGGAGUCGAUAUGAACUCUGACACCACAACCGGCGACACCUCGCAAGAUGAUACCACCAGUGAAACUGGAGGUUCCCAUGUGCCGGCCAAAGUGAACGAUGUAUUCUGGGAGCGGUUUCUCACAGACGCCGCCGAGGGUAAAAGCGAGGCAAUAGAAGCAAAAGAGGAUGUGAAGACUGCCGUAGACCGCUGCUGUCCUCGUCUCCAGGACAAUGUUGAUCAGAUCACUGAGCAGAUGGGGCAGCUUGAUUCAGCUUCUUAUGCACCCGAGAAUUACUGAUACCACACCAUCGGUGUUGCCGCUGUACAUUAUAGUUUAGGCUAGCUAAGUCUUUUCUAGCAUUUCCUACUGUAAAAAGUAAAAUCAUAUGCUGACCCAUGUACAUUACGUAUGUCCUCGUGCUGUUGAGCUAGAGCACAGAUUCAGUUAUUUGCUGCCCUAAUCUCUUCCGUUGUUGUGCUUGCACGUGUGCCCUUUCUCAUAAAUCCUCUGGAGAUGCAUCUUACAAUACCUAAAAUAGUAAUUUUAUCUGAUGAA